UGUGUGUAUAAGAAUGGUAGGAGGGAGCAGGUAUGGAGUUGCGUUAUGCUUGGCCAGCGUCGCCCUGCUCAAUAGCAUCCAUGCCCUCAACAUAGGAGCUCAAGCCACUGGAGUUGCUGUCUCCCUGGAGAAAAACUGCAGCAGAAGUUGCGAGUCAAGCUUCUGUUCAGUCGCUCCAUUUCUGAGAUAUGGCAAGUACUGCGGCCUCCUCUACAGCGGGUGCCCCGGAGAAAGGCCCUGCGACGGCCUGGACGCUUGUUGUAUGAAGCAUGACCAAUGCGUAGGACACAGAGAGUAA